AUGCGCUGGGCGCUGCCGCUCCGCGGGCUGCCGGGGCCGCUCGGGGGCGGCGCGGUGGGGCGGCUUCCCUGGCUGUCGGCGUUCGGAGGGCGGCGCGGCGGCACGGCGGCGGCUGCGGGGAACGGCGGGAAGCUGAAUGUGCUGCCAUCCUUUGGGUUUCUUUUUGACAUUGACGGUGUGCUGGUACGAGGAAAGACUCCAAUACCUGCUGCAAAAACAGCCUUUCAGAAGCUGGUUAACUCCCAGGGCCAGUUCUUGGUGCCUGUAGUAUUUGUCACCAAUGCAGGGGAUUGCCUUCGCCAGAAGAAAGCAGAUCAGCUGUCCCAUGUACUGGGAGUUCCAAUUUCACAAGACCAAGUGAUGAUGUCUCACAGCCCACUGCGGAUGUUCAAACGUUAUCAUCCAAAAUGCGUUCUUGUAUCUGGACAAGGACCACUGCUUGAUAUUGCUCAGGACCUUGGGUUCAGCCAGCCUGUCACCAUUGAGAUGUUGAGGGCGAAGCACCCGCUGCUGGAUGUGGUUGACCACGACAGAGCACCGGGUGUUUUGUACCCCUCUGCUGUGGAGCUUCCCAAGAUUGAGGCUGUCAUUUUGUUUGGGGAGCCUGUCAGAUGGGAAACCAACCUUCAGCUUAUAAUAGAUGUUUUGCUGACCAGUGGCUACCCGGGAAAUCCAUAUCACCAUGAAAAUUACCCUCAGAUACCUGUACUUGCUUGUAAUAUGGAUCUAAUGUGGGUAGCUGAAGCACAGUCUCCAAGGUUUGGGCAUGGGACAUUCAUGGUUUGUUUGGAAAACAUCUACAAGAAGAUUACUGGCAAAGAUCUGAAAUAUGAGGCCUUAAUGGGCAAGCCUAGUGAAUUGACCUAUCAGUAUGCAGAUUACCUUAUCAGAGCUCAAGCAGCAGAAAGACAGUGGAAGCAACCCAUUCUAACUCUUUAUGCUGUUGGAGAUAAUCUCAUGACUGAUGUCUAUGGUGCUAACCUUUACAAUCGCUAUCUCGAAGAGAAGAAUUCCAGAAAAGGCUCAAAAACAUGGAUUCAGGCCAAAGUUGCUGGUGGCAAAGGGUCUGCUGCUCUCUCUCAGGAUGAUGAAAUAGUCAACAGCUGGGAGAAUGAACUGGCAUCCUCUGCUGCUACCCACUGCAGGUCUGUUCUGGUUUGUACUGGGGUUUACAACCCUCACACAGAGGUACCCUUGGAUACCAAAGAGAGCAGAACUGAAACGAUAUUCCAUGGCCACAGAGAUUUUAGGUUUGAUCCUGGUUUAGUAGAACCAGAUCAUGUGGUACCAGAUGUUAAUGCUGCUGUAGACCUGAUCUUCCAGUUGGAGAACUUUGCUCCUAAUUGACAUGACAUGAUUUCUUCAGGACAGCUCAAUGUUACACUUGUCUUCCCCAAAACUGUGCUUUAAAAUCAUGCCACAAACUGCUUUUUUAUUUUUAAUUUAUUUUUUUGUUUACUAUUUAACAUAUAAUACUAUAUAAAUAUGAAAGUAGAUUAAUGUGCUUAAUAUACUUAGUAUAAGACUAUGUAAAUUAAAAAAAAUCUGUUUAAAAUAUUUUAAGAUUGUAUGAGUAUAAAUAAUACUUUAAAAGUAUUUCAAACUGAUUUAUUGCUUUAGCUGUUCUUUAUUUGGAUGUUAUUCAUUAUUUUAGGUAUUCCAAUAGUUAUUUUUCAUAAUUGCUUAUGUUUUAUCGGUCCUUAAAUUCCUGUGUGAACAUUCUUUUCUUUCUUGAAAGAUUUGCCUUCUAGUUAUUGGAGGUUUCUGAUAGUGAGACUGGGUCAAUCACAUAAUUACAAGUUGUUUGAUAUAGAGCACAGUAAGUAUUCUGCAAAAGAUGAGCAUUCUUGCAAAUAUGUUGCUUCACAUAAGAGUUGAAUUCAAGAAUAUUCUGUCUCUGUACUCACUCAGAUGUAACCAUGCAGCCUUUCUUUUUAUCUGUUUUCCAAUGUAUCUGGACCUGCAUUGCUGCUAUGCUCUGACACGUAAACCCUUAAAAGAAACGCCAGUAUAAGCUGAUGAAGGCUGAGUUGUUAACAGAAAUUUUGGAACUCCUGCUAACUGAACAGUCAUACAGGGAAAGCAGCAGAUAGUGAGUGUCCUAUGUGGUGUAACACCUGGCCUUUUUGUUGUUGCCUUUUUAUUUGCACUUCUGUGGGUAAUUUUGGAAAUUGUUUUGGGCAUUUCACCUGGACUUUUCCACUGAAUGAGUGACUGCUCUUUGGGCAAAAAGUGCCUACUAGUUUACUUGAAGCUUUGUACCACUGUGGUAGCUGACUGCCCUCGAGUGUAAUAUGCUUUGUCUUGUGUCAAUGUUAUGUGUUUGGUUCAUGGUUUUUUAUAAUUGUUCAUUUUUUAAAAUACUUAUUUUUAUAAAAUACUUCUAACCAUUUUAAUCCAAAAGAUGUAUUUGAAAAUGUCUUCUGUGUUGGUUAUAACACACUGAGAUAACACUUGAGAUAAGCUGUGUGUCUGUCCCUUAUUGCUUGGAAAAUAUAAGUCAAUUAAAUGCUUAAAAAUGAAGUCAACUUACAUGGAAGUAGCAUGUAAAAUCACCUUAGGACUAGUGAGGUGUGGGAUCUGUUUUGUUUCAGAAAUAAGAAAUGGUACAACAAAUCUGAGAGUCUUCCAGAGUUCUUGCAGAAGCAGAAUGCUGCCUUACAAGCAUUCUCAGCUGGUGGGGUAAGGAGAAAUGAUGUCCUGGCCAACUUCUAUGUUGCUUAUUAUCCUGAAAUCCAAAUCUGAGUACUCUUCAUGUCAUGAAGAGAACAACAGUGCUGCCAUUAAGUCAGGCUUUUGUUGUGUUUUCUGUUUGCAUGCCACUCCAGUCACUUCCACUACUGUCAGGAUUGUUGAUUAAUUCACUCGUGUUUCGUAAGUAGCUUUCAACAUACCUUGCUGGAUGCAGGGUUUUAAGUUUAAGGACACUGUUCCAAAUAUUGUAUUUUGUUUUUAUUCACUGGAAAACUAUUACAGCAGUCCAUUCUUACCUUUCUUACUGUUGCAGCAAGUGAAUGUGUCUGUUUCUUUAUCUCUUUUCUGUAAUAUGCCAAUUACUUACGAAGCAUGCCAAAUGUUUUUAAGUAAGAAUGUUGUUAAGGUUUUGUAAGAUGUCAGGAUAACCAGAGUUGUGUUGUUUCAGUAUUGAAGCACAUUGCUGAAUUCUUUCUUACUGGAACCCGUUUCAGACUUUCAGUGAAGCAAGGAAUAAAAAUGUGGAAGUUGAUGAAGAAGGCACUGUUCAAUUUUUCUCCUUUUAUUCCCUCCCAGAUAUGCAUGAACAUUUCAGCAUCAGUUGUCAUUUGUCUGUCAGCACAAAACAAAAUAUAGGCAGUUGGUGCCACGGAUGAUGAACAAAGAUGACCUAUAUAUUGGAAUUACUGUAAAACUUGAAAGAACUGUUGGCAUACUAAAGCACUGGCCACAGCGUGUUAGCUAGGCUUGUUCCAUGUUGUACAAGUGAAGAUGCUACACUGGCAGACUUCUCCUUUGAAUGUUGUAUCUUGUUAACUCAGGAAGUGGUGCAGGUGAGAUUUUCCUUCAGCGUGUCAUAGAACAUUGCAUCAGAGUCAAUAAUGAAAUGGGUAACACUGUCUGUUAGAAAUGAUGCUUUAACGUGGUAAAUUGGUACAUUGGUAAAUGAGUUAAAUGUGGAACUCUGUAGAAGAAAUGUUUCCAUUACUUGAAAGGUAAUGCGUAAAGUGAAAACCAGCAUGGUAAAAUGUUCUGUCUAACCAGUGAAGUGCGAGAUGAAUGAAUAUCAGGUUUGUUGAGAAAAGUCUCAAACUGUAUUAACUUUUUGUCUCUUUGAUUGUCCUCCUACAUGGAUUUUCACUUGUAUUCUUUUGAUGUGUUUUGAGCUUCAGUGCUUACCUCACUGAAAUCGGCAGCACGUCCCACGUGUUGUUUGGUGUGUUUGGCCGCACUGCUGGGUGUGACAGCACUUCUUUCAAGGCUAAAACGUCCUGUUGGAAAUGCAGGUGGCCCGAGAUGCUCCGGAGUAACGCAGUGAAGUCACUGUUAGCAAAUGCUGGGGGUUGUGGUGAAGUUUCCGUCGUUACAACUUGUCCUUCAUUUCUGCACUGGUGGCAUUUUCUGUAUUCGAGCAUUUUCUGUAAAAAAAAAAAAAAAAAAAAACCUCCAAAGCAACCUCUGAAGAAUAAGUCCUGUGCUUUUUACUAAUGUGAAUUUGCAGUAUUUUAAACUCCUGUCAUGUAUGCUCUUCAGUUUCGUAUCUUUUUCUUUGGGAGUAUUUUUGAGGAAUUUAAAGAGUUAAAGUUUGAGGAGUGUGAUGCUUAAAACACUUUUGAAGAUAUUUCUCCAUCCAUAUAUUUAAGAAAACAAAACCAAACCAAAGCUUGAUUUAAAAUAAAACUUAUGUCACAUCUUGGAACUCUUAAAUGUCAAGAAAGGAACCAUCGGCUUUGCAGCACGCCUGCACUUUUGAGCUGGGUGCCGUGCGCCUGUCGGUACCGCUGGCUGUGGGUUAAUCGCGCUUCCCGCGGUGCAGCUGUGAGAGCCGCCUCAGCAGAGGGGCUGCGCUGCCGUCGCGCGCCGUGCCCUGCCCAGCCGUGCCGGUGCUGGCGCUGCAGGCGGGCCGCGGGGGGCGCUGUCCGCCAUGCUGGCUGCCCGCCAUGUUGAGUUACCUCAGAGGGGCGGAGGGGCCGGGUGUGGGAAGGCGGUGUGGUGGAGGGCUGAUAGUCUCUUCUCCAUGCUUUUAUUUGUUCAAGUAGUAGCUACCGCCCUCACACGUUCUCCGAGGUCCAGGGUGUUUCAAGUUCAUCCUCGUGGACCAAACCCCAUGUUGUUAAGUGGUAAGUUGGUAAAAUGCUGCAAAAAUGGCGGGUGCCAGGAUACAUCCUCUCAUCCACUCUUGAUUUCAAAUGAAUACUAAGCACUCGGUCCCUCCUCACUCAGUGUUUGUGUCGGACGCGUUCUGCCCUAGCAGACUGAGAGACGAGCUCAGCAUGGUGCGCCUGAAAGCAGCAGCCAGACGUUGCUCCCCAGUUUGGCUGUAGGUGACUUCAAAUAUAUCAGUCAUGUUAGAUUUGGGAAAACAUCUGAAUUCUAAACAACUGGUUGGGCUUUCUUCAACGAGAGACAGGGGAAAGAAGUCACACUAAUUUAUUUGUUUUUCCUGUGAAAUGUGAAAAGGCUAUAGGAGCUGAAAGGCCCUGGAGCAUCUGGGUUUUGUUUUGUGGGUGGAUUUGCAGAGACCAUACAACCAUUAUGUUUUCCUUGCACUGGAUUUUCAGAACUUCAGUUUGCCAGCUCUCUGUCAGCUAUUUCUUGUUCAGAACGUGUUUCAGAGUGAUGCAUAGAAAGGAAAACUAACAAAUUAUUCACAGAAAUAUUUUUCUAAGCUUUGAUUUUGCCACUGUGAUUUUUUUGUUCCCACCACCUACCUUUGAAUCUCAAUAGGGUAAAUUACUUGUUAGAAGCAAUUAUUUUCAGUGCAGCUCAUAGUGUUAGCACAUGGUGACACAGAGGUAUCAUUCUGCCUUUGUAAUGACUGAAUAUAGUGUUGUAAACUGAUGUGCAAAUAUAUCUGAAACUAAUGCAGCUACAUGUUGUUUUCAGUUAUGCUGAUUGCACAGACAGCUGAAGGUGUGUGAACAUUGGCUCAGGCCAAUGGCUCUGAUCACUGACUAACACAGACUGUAUUCAAGUAUUUUGUAUACAACUGUGGAUUUUGGGGUGAUGAGAUAUAUCCUGCUUUCAACAUUCAAACAGCCUGCACAUCAGAAGUUUCUGAAAAGAGUGUGUGGUCAGUUCUAUGAAUAACAGAUCAAUAUGUAUUCAAAAUAGCAAACACAAAGUAAACCCACCUGAAAAUCAGCUGAGCCUGAAUCUCUUGCUUAAUUAAUCUUAAAAGAUAUUCUUCUUUGCUUUUGUUGAUCUUGUAUGCCAGGCUAAGAAUCCACGAUCAUGCUAAACAUGUGCAGUUAACACCCAGCUAGCCUUCUGGCAGGUUUAUCUAUUACCUUCUUCUGUAGCAGAAGCAGUGCUUGUAAUGUAGCUAAGAGUUUUUCUCAAAAUUAGAAGUGCAUUUUCAAUGGGACUCAAGUCUCACCUGUUGCUUUAUGACAGUGUAUCUGUGUUUACGCUUUCCACUAGCUUAAUAGUUAAGUUCCUGGCCAUAGAUGAGGAUGCUUUGUUUAAUUUACAAUAACUAAAUAAAAUCGCGGAUCUAAAUGUUCCUUAGGGAAGGUGCAGUUUUAACCACAUUGUUUACAUUUAAUUGUAAACAUUGAGGAAAAGUUAUCUGCACCUCCAACAUGGAAGACUUUGAAUCCUUUUUAUGUGCAUGCAUUUAUGCAGGUGAUGGGCAACUCUAAGUAUGUAUGAGUCAAGUACUGCUUGUUUAACAGAAUACACUGAGCUAUCUCGUCUAAAAUUAAAAGAACAUACAGCACUGUAUAAAGGAUACAGAGUUUCUUAGAUUUUUCAUUUUUUUGUUUUGGAUAAACAGCCACAGCAAAUUACAUGCAUAAAAUAACCACAAAAGAUAUUAAUUGCCAAAUGUUUAAUUAAAUUUUUAAUGAUACACAGUACAAUGUAUCUACUAGACUACAAUUCACAACAUAAAGCAGGUUUUGUAUCUGCUUAGAAAUAUUCUUCAUAAUAAAUUUAUAAAUAGAUGAAGGUAAAGUAUAAAAAGUUACUGUAGUAUGCAAGCUUGCUCCCUUGUCUCCUCAUAUUCCAAAUGACCCAGUCAAUAUUGUAAUAAGAGAAGUAGUUAGUGAUGAUUAGAAACGUACAGCCUGCAUCUCUCGAAGAAACCUUGGAAAAAACAGCAACAGAUUUGUCCUAGAAAAUGCAGAAUAUUUUUAACACUGUUAUCCUCUAAACCCUUCACAUCAUUUCGGAAUGCAGUGAAUGAAUUCAAUAUGAAUCAGAGAUUUGUAUUUUCUCCCCAGCAGGUGCAUGCGCCAGACUCACUUGAAUGCUGUUGACUCUCUGGAGUUGUGCAUCUCAGGAGACUGGGUGUUCCAGCCAUCAGGUAUCAGUGAGCGAGGCACAAAAGAGGGAAAAGUUGGUUGAGAGCACUGAGCACAUCUGACUAUUGAAACUCUUAGCGUUUCUCCACAAAGGCAACAUGAAAUCUUAACACAGUUACAAAUAACUAAAUUCACCUUCUGCUCAGUAAGCCUGUAUCUAUGCUGUACCUGGGAGGUGGAGCAGUGUCUGGUCUGGUGCAUUGGUUCCCAGGUUUUGAAAUGGUAUGUUCACAUAGCACCAUUUCAACACUCAACUCUACUGAAUCCCUCAUAUUACGCCACCGAGUUUUAGCAGUUACUCGUCAGUACAUCGCUUUCUUAAGAAAACAUACAUAGAGUUUUCUUUUGUCAAGUAUCAAAACACUUUUCAUACCUAGAUCUAUUUUUGUACCACUUACAAAGGGGAAAAUCCUUAUCUAUGCACAGCAUUGAAAUAGGGAAUUAACAUGAAAAACAAAGAAUGAGUAUGCUUUGCCUUCUGCAUGAAUGUAUUUUUAUCUGAUAACCAUUUCCUUUUUCUGAGAAUCUAGUUCCACACAAGUCUUGUGCUUUUUUUGCAGCGGUAAUUGGUGAAAUUCAGCUCUUAACUCUUACGAGUAGCUUCCAAUUGUCAAGGCAAGUUGGCAUGCCAUGUUCAAAAGACAAUCUUUCAUACCUUUGUUUUCAUAUGGAAUAGUUUAGAUAGUCAAAAUGGUCAGAUGUUCUAAAAAGGCAGUUUCUAAGGAAAAAGUCUUUCAUUUAAUGCUUUCCUGUUUCUGUUUACAGAAAGAUGUUAUGUGUAUAUUUUGGUUGAUUGAAUGAUUAGAAAUCACAACUGCUAGCUUGCCCCAGAGUUGGUCAUGUGUAAGGUACUUAGAAACUUGGAUCCCUCAGCUAGCUACUACAUUUGAAUAAUGUGUCCUUUAAGAUGUCUUGGUGAGUGUGGGGGGCUUAAGACUGAAACUCCUAUGGUGUAGCCAAAUAUUAGUUUGAGUAAGAAUAAACUCAAUAGGGGAACUGUUGUUCCUAGUAUCUUAAUCCAGAAUGUAAACAUCAAAAAUAUAAAUGCAGAGUGAUAUUUUGGUUUAUGAGUGAUUUUAAAAGGACAUUUCACUUGUAGUAAUUCAGCUGGAAUACCCAAGUUUGCAUGGUUAAGCAAGCUUUAGAUGGAAGUGGCUUAGACAGAAGCAGCUUUGGGAAGCUGCUGUACCUACCAGAUGUCUUACCCUGCUUACAGCACCUCAUCAGCUGAAUGAGUGCAAAGCUAAACUUAACUUUUUUUUUUUUUUUUUUUUUUUUCAGAGUACAGUAUUAUAUGCAUGUUAAGAUCUUAAGUCACUGUCACAGAGGUGGGAGAACUGUAAUUACACGUGCAGAAAACCUCUGGGUUACAAUCCCACUGUGCCCCUUUAGAGAUUUGUGAGGAGAUUCUUCUUCUUUUUUUUUUUUUUGUAUAUUUGAGGUUGAGAGAAUAGAAAUCAGUAUCAGCAGUUCAGUUCAAUAAUCAAUUUGGAAGUAACUCAAGUGAAAUCUAAAAGUGUCUUGCAAAAGAAAAAUACAAAGUAACUUUUUAAUGAUAAAAGAGUCUCAAUUUUUUCUUUUAUUGAUUGCAAUGAGGUUGUAUCUGAUCCCCCACUAUUCUCAGAGGAUGUCCCUGGAGAAAGGUGAUGUACUUUUACAUUAAGCUACUCUGUUAUGUCAGCUAUAGUUCAGCAUUCCACUUUUGUUGGAGGUAGACAGCCAUCAAAAGUCAAGCAGGAAAACCUGUAACUACUAGUGCAGAGUAUUACUUUGAGAAGAAAAUUACCUGCUUUAAACUGAGUAAUCAUUGACUAAACUGCCCAGAUUUAAUGAGAUAAAAUAGAAAAUUCUUCUUGGCUAACUCAAGCAUAGGCUUUACUUUUCUCAUUCUCGGGAACUUACUGUUAAUUUGUUUUCCAGUGGCCUCAUACAAAUCAGUACGUCAGAACAAGGCCACUGUUGAUACAGUCUGCCUUCAGUCACACCUAAAGGUACAGAGGUAAUCGGGGUACCUGCUGUUAUCAGUAUUAGCGUGACAGAAACCCUUGUUGAAAAAAGACAGUAAAAACAAAGGAAAUAACAAUUUAAAAAAAGAAAAAAAAGAAAAA